CGCGGAGGAGUCACUCACUCCUCGGCUGGAGCGGAGGCGCGAGGAGGAUCUGUCUCUGAUCUGCGUGCAUGAGGGGGACCGUGCGUGCACCGCCCGAUCUGGAACCUCCGCGUCUGCAGGCAUCAGAUGAUGCCUUGGAUUUAGCCUGCCCACAUGAGUGAUAUGAAUAAGACGCUGGACGAAAUACACACUUCUGGACGCCUCGGAGAGAAAGCAGAGAUUUUCCAGAGUGGCCGGGGUAAUGUGAGUGGCUGCUCCAGCCCAGCCCUCAUCCCGCUGCAGGAUCCUUUACUGACACCAAAUGCAAAGACGAGCCAGACCAAGCUCUGCAGAGGGACCAGGAGCAACAGAGAGGGGCAGGAAGCGUUCUCCUCCCUCGUUCCGAACCCCUUCCCCGAGCUCCUGCACUCGACCCUCUCCCCCUUCGUCUCCGAGUGUUUAUUACCGUGGACCAAAAGUAGUGCAACUCAGGUGAUUAAAGUUUAUAAUGAAGAUAACACCAGCAAAGCUGUGGAGGUCCCCCCCGACGUCACUGCUCGGGACAUUUGCCAGCUGUUCGUUCUGAAGAACCACUGCAUUGACGACCACAGCUGGACUCUCUUCGAACACCUCUCCCAUGUGGGAAUCGAACGAACCAUCGAAGACCAUGAGUCCGUCAUGGAGGUGCUGUCAGGCUGGGCGAUGGACACGGACAGCCGGCUGUAUUUCAGGAAGAAUUACGCCAAAUAUGAGUUCUUCAGGAAACCACUGGACUUUUUUCCAGAUCACAUGCUGUCCAUAUCCACUGAAACCAACGGCUCGGCGGAUCACUCUGAACUCAUUCAGACUUUUCUCAAAUCCAGCACUUGUCCGGAGAUUCACGGAUACCUCCACGCCAAAGAGCAAAGCAGGAAGUCUUGGAAGAAGUUUUAUUUUAUCUUAAGGCGGUCAGGACUUUAUUUCUCCAAUAAGGGGACUUCCAAGGAACCGAGGCACCUCCAGUUCUUUGCAGACUUCAGUGACAGUGAUGUCUACACCGUGUUGUCGGCCAAAAAGCUCCAUGGAGCGCCGACGGAGUUUGCCUUCUGUGUCAAGUCCACGAAGUGCAGCGCGGCGCGGGACUUGAAGCUUCUGUGCGCAGACGACGAGCAGACGAGGACCUGCUGGAUCACGGCCAUGCGCCUGUUAAAGUUUGGGAUGCAGCUGUACCAGAACUUCAUUCAGCCACACCAGAAGCAAAAGACUUCUCCAAUGAGGAGCAUCUCCGAGAACUCGCUGGUGGCCAUGGACUUCUCUGGCCAGAAGAGUCGAGUGAUUGAGAAUCCAUGCGAGGCGCUGUCCGUGGCUGUAGAGGAAGGCCUGUCGUGGAGGAGGAAAAGCUGCCACCGUCUGAGCGGUCAUGGGAGUCCCUCCUCUGCACAGAGCUCCGUGCCCAACAUCGCGAUCCACCUGACGCAGCCGUGGUUCCACGGUAAACUGGCUCGGGAGGAGGCUCAGCGGCUCAUCACUCAGCAGGGCCUGAUUGACGGAGUGUUUCUGCUGAGGGACAGCCAAAGCAACCCAAAGACAUUUGUAUUGUCACUGUGCCACACGCAGAAAAUCAAACACUUCCAGAUCUUACCAGUGGACGACGAAGGGGACUUGUUCUACAGCCUGGACGACGGCCUCACGCGAUUCACCGACCUGAUCCAGCUGGUGGAGUUCUACCAGCUGAACCGCGGGGUGCUCCCCUGCAAGCUCAAGCACCACUGCGCCCAGAUCGCCCUGUGAGCGAGCCAGGGACCCACCAGAGGUCCCCCAGGACCACGAGCUCCUUUGUUCUCCUGGACAAACACUCCCUGUCCCCUCGUGCCUUGAAGAGGAAAGCUAUCCAGACUGUUGCUUUCAUGAUGCGACACGCGGCCCUAGCCUUACCUUUCUUCUGAAGAAAAACUGAGGAUUUUUUUUUUUUUUUUUUCCAAAUAGACUUCGUGUUAAUGGCCACUGGUGCUGAAGAUCACAUGCAGCGUAAUGUUUUCACCCCCAGUGAAGUGUCUUUAUGUAGCAGACAUGAGCUGUUUUUUACCAUUUGUCUGUUUAUGUCUCUUUGUAAUCUUUGCAAUUCUUACACCAGGACACAAACGAGAGGAAGUCGUGGUACACACAGGAGUUUGAGUUUUCAGUGAAAACAUGAACUGCUGUAUCUAUAGUGUGAUUACAUUUCCCUGCUUGCGAUCGUGUCUCCCUGCCACUUCUGUGCAGCCGUAUCAUGCUUGAAACACCUUCUCACUGUUAAAAGGAAAAAAAAAAAAAAAAACAAUCUUAGCUAUCUUACUCUUUUAUGUAAACGCAUUUU